UAGAGCUGCCAGUAUGUAUGAUCGAUCAUACACCAUAGGUGACGAUCAACUAAAAAACAACCAUUACCAGGACGACAUACAUUACACGCUGCAGAUGUGUCAAUGGCUGUUGAAGCUGAUUGGAAUGUGGCCCCUCGUUAACAAUCACACGAGCAGACUGGAACAGCUCCUCUCAGUCGUCGUGAUGAUCAUAUGCUUCUGCAGUAUAUUCUUCAUCAUCUUGCCAUCUGGCCAUCACUUCUUCUUCGUAGAGAAAAAUCUUUACAUGAAGGUGAAAAUGCUCGGUCCAGUUGGCUUCUGUGUAUUUGCCACAGUUAAGUACAGUUACCUUGCCCUAAAAGGAGCCUUCCUGCAGAGGUGCAUCCGACAGCUCAAAAAUGACUGGAAGAGAGUGCAGGAUCCGAGUCAUCGAGCGAUUAUGUUAAAAUACGCGGGCAUUAGCAGAAAGCUUAUCACCAUGUGCGCCGUUUUUAUAUAUACAGGUGGAAUGUCCUAUCACACGGUGGCACAAUUCUUGUCCACAGAUAAGACUAGAGAGAAUUAUACAGUUAGACCAUUGACCUAUAUCGGUUACGAUCCGUUUUUUGAUACGCAAUCUAGUCCUACCUAUGAAAUCGUGUUCUUUCUCCACUGUUUCGCUGCUAUGAUUAUGUAUAGCAUCACCACGGUUGCAUAUGGUUUGGCUGCAGUGUUUGUUACUCAUGUUUGUGGCCAGAUUCAAAUACAGAUUGUAAGGUUGCAGAAUUUGGUGGAGAGCAAGGAUCGUGAUCUUUUUGCUGUUAUUGUGCGCGAUCACGUAGAAACUUUAAGAAUCUGUACGUAUUUUCCUACAUCUUUCGUACAUACUGUUGGGAACAAAAAUAAGUGGAUUGGUGGUGAAAAUUGUUAUAAAAUAUUUGAAUAUUUUACAUACACAUAUAUCUUCUUUUUUGGAAAUUUCAGAUUUUCGAAAAAUAUCGAAGAUGCCUUAUACCAGAUUUGCUUGACGGAGAUCGUAGAGUGCACGAUGAAUAUGUGUAUGCUCGAAUAUUACUGUUUGAUGGAAUGGGCAAGCACUGAUCUAAUCGUUACAUUCACUUAUAUUACUCUGUUGACUUCCUUUACAUUUAAUAUAUUUAUAUUUUGCUACAUAGGUGAACUACUUUCUGAGCAGUGUAGCGAAAUUGGUACAGCUUCUUAUGAAAUCGACUGGUAUAACUUGCCAGCUAAAGAAGCUUACGAUCUCAUUCUACUGAUCUCUAUAUCUCAGUAUCCGCCAAAACUAACUGCUGGAAAAAUAAUUGAAUUAUCUCUGAACACUUUUAGCUCCGUAAGUUUCUGAUUUGUAAACAAUUUCACUGUAUACCGAAUCGAAUAAUUUAAAUAAAAUAGAAUGAUAAACUUCUGCACUUAAAAAUUUCCAGGUAGCAAAAACGUCAUUAGUUUAUUUGAAUUUACUUCAAACAGUGGCAGAUUGGUAAGAACACAUAUCUUUCACUAUCGUAAUCAUACAAUUGUAUUAUACUACUAUUGAAAAAUUAUUUUUUCAGAUAUCACUUAUUAAAUCUAAAAUGCAGGUAUCAAAAUUAAUCAUAGCAGAUAAUCAAUCUAAAUUCGAAUAGUUUCAAAUUUGUUCAGUAUUAAAAUCAGUGAGAGAAAAUAUAUAUAUCUGAAACAUUUCUAUUAGCAGUUGAUAAAAUUUCGCAACUUGCACUUAUUUAUCGCUAUUUCAUGCGUCAAAAUGCAGUCAUCACAUUCUUUUCCUUUUAAAACGAACAAAAAAUAUAAUUUUUCAGUGAUUUUUUAUAGUAAAAAGACAGAAAUGUCCGGAAUAUACUAAUGUUACGACAUUUAAAAUUUCAUAACAUAUUUCACUUACAUGUAUUAUAAAAAUACAUCUCCUUCAAUACAAAAUCACAACUAUACAGCUUACAGUCGUAUAUCGUUUUGAAAACAGUAAUACCAAACUUUCGAACACUUAUGCGUAAUUGCAGCUUUCCAUCUCCUCUGUUUACCUUGCGGAACUGGCUACUAGUUGUUGUAAAUAUUCCAUGCUAUAGUUCCAGACGCGCCUUUUUUCAGUCAUAUUGAUCGAUUUCCAAGUGUAGCUGCAAAUAAUAGUAGAGUUGCAGAUGCACGCACGCAAUAUCACGAGCGUAAGCUCAGCGACAUACAAUCAAUACACUUGAACUGUGGUAAACAGUCGUUUUCGAUCCGCCCGCGAAUAUGC